UUCCCAACUCGUCUCAAGCGAAGUCGUUGCGGAAGAGCGAAGAAGCGUCGCGAUGGUGUCGUUCGCAUCCCCUCUGUUCUGGCAGAUUCACUACCUCAUCACCAACCUCAGCAAGAAGAACUUCAAGACCAACGUCGCCGAGCUGAACCAGCUGGUCGGCCUGUAUGGCGAGGACGCCCGCGUGUUCCUGCUCAGCUGCCUGGUGCAAGAGAUCGACUUCCGCGACACCAAGAGUCACAAGGACUCAUUGAAAGUGCAGCUCCUCACGCAUGAGCUUGGCCAGGCGUCGACGCGGCCGAACUUUACCACGUUUUUGUGCCAGGCAAUUGACGGCGCCGCGACGUCGACGCCCAUCACGGAGGAGUUUCUCACCCAGUUUUGCAAAGUGAUCAAGCUCAAUUUGGCCCAGCAGAUCACCAUCGGACUCUCUUUCGCGCAGUCGGAAGUCCGCAGCGUCGCGCUGGAAGCGAUCGCGUUUCUCAAGCUCAAGCUGCCCGAGUUGAGCAUGGCAGGGUCCAAGCUUCCCCCGGACGUGCUUCAUUCCCUCGUGUUCCUUCUGCGCAAUGAAGACGCGUUCCAAUCGGACUUGGCGCAAACCGAUUCGUUCCUCGCCGGGAUCGCCGCCGUGCACCCCAACGAGAUGUCCAGCCUCGAAAUGAAGCCGCUGACGCUGGGCAACCUCGACCACGUGGACUGCAUGUUGACGUCCGCGCCGCUCUUGGACUCGCUCAUCGACGACGUCGUGGCCGGGUGCUCGUUCUACGAACUCAUGGAGGACGUCGGGUACGGCUGUACGUCGUCUCCCAAAGUGUUUCGCAGUUUGCUGGCCGAAGCCGGUCUAGACCACUCGCCUUCCAUCGCCCCAGGUCAAGUCGCGGGGAUGCUGUCCAUGUUGACACGAACGUACAAGGGCCAUCAAGCGAACGUCGAGCUCGGCGCGGUGUUGCUGUCCAACUUGCCGAGCUACGAAGGCAGCGUCGAGAACUUGCAGCCCAAGCUGGACACAUGGAACAUGGACGUGAUCGCGGACGUGUUCCAGAAGGAUUACCCGUCCAUCAAGUGGCUCAAAGUGCAGGAAAAGCUGGAUCGCGAAGACCUGGUCGUGGACUCGCCCGCUCGUUUCCGCGUGCUUUUGAGUAGCUUUCAGCGCAUCUCGCACUCCAAGUUCAAGCUCCAGACUCUCUUCCGGCCUUGGAAGUACAAAUCCGUCCAACUGGCGGUGGUGAAAGCGGCGAUUCAGUCGCCCCCCGAAGUGCUCAGUUUUGCCGACAGCGUCAACAAGCUGAGUCCAUUUGAAGGCGCGGACGCAUCCGGCGUGCCGAAGAACGGCGUGUGGUUCUCUCUGGACAUUGUAGAGACGCUGAUUUCGCUGUCGGAGACGGACGGGUACGCCGCCGUCAAGGACCUGCUGGACGCCGCCAAGACCCAGUGUCCGGAUGUGCUCAUCGCGAACGUCGCCCACGCCACAUCUCGGUGGAACGGCCUCAAGGAAGAGGUAUUCUGCGACCUCUUUGGGCUGUACGUAGCCGGCUCCCGCGCCAACGCGGCGCUGAUCGUCCGCCAUCUGUACACGAUCGCGCCUAAAUUGGUUCUCUUUGCCUGUGUCAAAGUAUGGAUCGCUGCGGCUUCGAACGGCCCGGGGGGUUGUCUGGCGCGGCUGUUUUCGCUGCUGAAAAGCACGGGAGAUGCGUACGCGGCCGUUCUGCACUCCAACUAUUACUCGUUGGCGAUCAAUAUGGCGGUCGUGGGCGCCAACCACGACGUUUUAGCCCUGGAAACGUGGCUUCUCGAGCGCCUCAAGACAUCUCUGCUGCCAUUCGCCACCAGUGUGAUCGCGUACCUCCAUCGACACGCGAGCCGCGCGAUCCCGAAAACCCAACUGACCCCCGCUACGAGCCACAUGUUUACACUGGAAUCGCUGGGUGUGAUCGCCAAGUGUCUGCUGCAUGUCGUGGCACUGCCGCCGUACUUGGUGGCUGAAGUCAAAGCCAUCGUGGUCAAGACAACUACAGCGCAGACGGACGACAAGAGUGUGCCGCCGCCGCCGCUGCCCCCCCCGACCCCCCCCCCUUCCUCUGUCAGUGUCGAAAUGAUUGAAGAGCAAGCGAACGCGUACUUUCAGCAGAUUUACACUAGCGAGCAAAACAUCAACGACGUGGUAGCCAUGCUCAAGCGGUUCCAGUCGUCGAAGGAUGACACGGAGCGCCAGAUCUUUGUGUGCAUGAUCCACAACCUGUUUGACGAGUACCGGUUCUUCCCGCGGUACCCCGAGACGGAGCUGCGCAUCACGGGCGUCCUCUUUGGCAAGCUCAUCGAGCACCAGGUGCUGCCGUCCACGUUUCUGCAGACGGCGCUGCGCCUCGUGCUCGAAAGCCUGCGUGAGCCCACGGCGUCCAAGUUCUUCUUCUUUGGCGCGUGUGCGCUGCAGCAGUUUGUGCCGCGGCUGCGCGAGCUGCCUGCAUAUUGCAUGAACUUGGGCCAGAUUGCCCACCUUCAGCAUGCACUGCCCGAGAUUAUGCGCCAAGUGGCUCAAGUCACGAGGAACUUGGACACGAGUACUAGUAGUACUACUAGUAGUACGAGCCCCCCCGACGGGGCUGUUGUUGCCACGGCCACCAGUACUACGAGCCCCAAGAAACAACCACCGCCGUCCCCCAAGAUCGUCGUGGCGCCGCCGCCUGCCGCGCCCGCCAUCAUGGACGUCGGGCACAUCUUUGGGGCCGAGUAUGCGACACUUGACGAAACUAUCGACAAGGAGGGUGAUGAUAUUGUCGAGCCCGAGCCGUCGAUCGUGGACCGGCUGCACUUCAUCGUGAACAACAUGAGCAUUUCGACGCUCGAAGGCAAGUUGGCCGAAGUUCGGCACCUUUUAUCGCCAGAGUACUUUGGCUGGUUUGCGCAGUACUUGGUGGGCAAGCGCAUCGCGACGCAACCCAACUACCACGCCGUGUACCUGAUCUUUAUGGAAAAGAUCCACCAGCCCAAGCUCGAGACUGCCAUCUACAAGACGGCGCUGCGGCACGUCCACCGCCUGCUGGUGUCGGGAACGAUCACCACCAACUCCCAGCAGCGCUCUUUGCUCAAGAACUUGGGCAGUUGGAUGGGGCUUAUGACCCUCGGACGCAACAAAGCGCUGCUCCAGCGUGAUUUGGACCUGAAAGAGCUGCUAUAUGUCGGGUACGAGACGGGCCACCUCAUUGCCGUCACGCCCCUCGUGGCCAAGAUCCUCGAAGGAUGCAAAAAGUCCAAAGUGUUCAAACCGCCCAAUCCGUGGAUCAUGGGUCUUAUCCACGCCAUGUCGGAGCUGUACAACGUACCCGACCUGAAACUGAAUCUCAAGUUUGAGAUUGAAGUGCUGUUCAAGUCGUUCAAACUCAACGUUGAAGACCAAGUCAAAGCCAAUUUGCUGCACACUCGCGGCCCGCCGCCCCGCCACGGCAACCCCGACUUCAACAUCAAAGUGGACAAGACCACCAGUGCUCCCAAGCCCAGCACCCCCAAACAACCCCCCCCCAUCGCUUCCUCCAUCUCUUCGACGCCCCCCAAGACCCCAUCCGGACCCGUCUCUGAAUCGACCGUGAUCCCCAAUCUGGCAUCGUAUGUGUCUGUAAACCCAGACCUGCCGCUACAUCAUGUGAAUCUGCGGCGACUGGUGCCGCUGGCCGUGGACCGCGCCAUCCGCGAAGUGAUUACCCCCGUCGUGGAGCGCAGCGUGACCAUUGCAUGCAUCACGACCCGGGAAAUCAUCCUCAAGGACUUCGCCACGGAAAUGGACGACGUCAAGAUGCGCAAGGCGGCGCACGUGAUGGUCGCGUCCUUGUCGGGGUCGCUGGCGCUGAUCACGGCCAAGGAACCGCUCCGCAACUCGAUCGCCGCGCACCUCCGCGCGCUCCUCCCGACCAGCGAGCCGCACCAGGUGGACCAUGUGGUGAAUGUAUGCGCCAGUGAAAACACAGACUUGGGCUGCAUGCUCAUCGAGAAGGCGUCGUCGGAGAAGGCCAUGCGCGAUAUCGACGAGGCGCUCGCCCCCGCGUACGCCGCCCGCCGCCGCGGCGCCAGAGACGUCCACACUCCCCCCCAUGUGUUUGAAGGAAGCGUGUCGCCGCCGCCGUCGCUCCCGCCCAUGUUCCUCCCGUCGUCCACUGGAAUCCUUCCGCUCCAGUGGAUGGUCUACGAGGCCUUCCAGCGCAUCCCCCGCCCCACCACCCUCAACACAACCGAGUCGUCUUCUCUUGUGAGUGGCGGUCUCACUGUCCAGCUGGCCCUGGAGCGAUUUGCGGGUCUGAUGGAGAAGUUUGAAGGGUUUGUGCAGCAUAUUGUCCGCCAAGCGACCGCCGCCCAGCGCGAUUUGCCGCCGCUGCUGUCGCUGCCCCAUGACAGCGACGUGUUUGCCAUCCUCCGCGACGUCCGAUCCGUCGGGCAGGCGGUGAAACCCGGCUUGCGCGAAGAAGCAUGCCUCAAGAUUGCAAAUCGCAUCGUGAAAUGCAUGUACGAGCUGGGAAAAGGCCGCGGGGACGAGCUGUUUCUGGACAUCCUCGUGAGCUCCCUCGAUAUGCUGGCGGCAUCCUGCGACAGCCUCAAGAAGGAAGUGGUCCGGUGGAUUCUAUCCAUGCCUGUGGAAGACAAGCUCAAGCUGCACUGCGAGAUCUUGAUUGCCCUCGUUCGGCUAAAAGUCGUCGAAGUGUCGGAGUUUGACGAGUACCUGACCCGCAACAUGGAGCGCACGGGCCUCGCGAUCGAGUUUGCCGUGUACGUGGUGCGCCAGUGUCUAUUCUUAGAACAUGUGACACUUUUCCACCAACUGCCGCUGACACUUGAAGCCCUCGAACGUAUCGUCGAGCGACACGGGGGGGGGACCCCCGGCAAUAAGAACAUUGCGAUCCUGUCCAAUUUGCUCGAUCAGGCCAAGAAGCAACCGCAACUGAAAAAGCAACCAGUACCGCCGCCAACCGCCAUCGCAUCCGCCCCGACGACCAAGGGAGCUUCGAUCGAUCAAGCCGCCGCGUUUCGGCACACGGUGAGCAACGCCAUGGAGCACUGGGUGGCACUUGUGAGCGACCCCAGCACCAACCACACCAAGAUGCACUUGCAGUUCGUGUCGAUGCUCAAGCAGUUUGGCCUGCUCAAAGAUGAAGACACGAUGGGGCUGUUGUUCCAGUGCGCCGUGGAUAUCUGCGUCGACGUGUGCGUCAAGUCAUCUAGUACUAGUACUAGUAGUACUAGUUCCAAAGCCAACCCGUUAAACUACACUGUGAUCGACGCGCUUACGCAGCUCAUGGUGGUGCUCAUCAAGUUCCUCGACCCCCCCGCUUCGUCCCCCAAGGUCAUGACGGCCGCCAUCGCCGCCAUCGUCCAUGUCCUCGUGCACUUGCAUGACCACCCCACCAAACCAUUUGAUCAGCGUGUGUUCUUUCGGCUGUUUGUGAACCUGCUCAAGGAACUCACGGUGCAGGAACCUCUGCUGGAUGCGAUGCAGCUGGGCAUCCUCAACACAUUUGCAGGCGCGUUGAAUACGCUGCAGCCGGCCUACGUACCCGGCUUUGUGUUUGCGUGGACGGAACUCGUGAGCCACCGCUGCUUCAUGCCGCUGCUCCUCCGUGCCCGCCACCAGCGCGGGUGGCAGAUCCUCCACCGCCUCCUCGUCAGCCUCCUCUCGUUUCUCGAGCCAUUUCUCCGCGUGUCGUCCAUCGACAAUCCCAGCAUCGCCGCCUUGUACAAGGGCACUAUGCGCGUCGUGCUCGUGCUUCUCCACGACUAUCCCGACUUUCUGAGCGAAUUCUACCCAUCCUUCUGCGACACGUUGCCGCCGACGUGCGUCCAGCUGCGCAAUGUGAUUCUCAGCGCAUUCUCCCGCACCAUGCGCCUCCCCGACCCCCUCACCCCCGGCCUGCAAGUGUCGCAGCUGCCUGAAGUCAGCGUCUCCCCGCGUCUGAUGCCAUCCUGGGGCACCGCCUUGGCCCACAACAACCUCAAGGAGUACCUAGAUGAGUUUCUGCGGGCGCCAUCGAACCGCGCGUCUGUGUUUCCCCACGACUUGAUCGCCAAACUACACUAUCAAUCACCGAAAGAAGAUGGACACUCCAAGUACGCUGUCCCAGCGCUGAAUGCCGUGGUGCUGUACCUGGGCAAAGAAGCCAUCGCAGACAUGGCGAACGAACCGACGCACAAGUUCGAACAGUCUGCCAGCAUGGACGUGUUCCGGUUCCUCGCCGAAGAAUUUGACAUGGAAGGCCGGUACCUGUACCUGUCGGCUAUGGCCAACCACUUGCGCUACCCCAACAGCGAUACGCACUACUUUAGCUGCGUCCUGCUGUACCUUUUCUCGCACUCGACCAGCCCCCUCGUCAAGGAGCAGAUCACCCGAGUGCUGCUGGAGCGACUCAUCGCCAACCGCCCGCACCCGUGGGGCCUGCUGGUCACGUUCAUUGAGCUUAUCCGGAACCCUACCUACAAGUUUUGGGAGCAGGACUACCUCAACUGCUCGGCCCAGAUUCGAGACGUGUUUGACGAUGUCGCACGGACGUGUAUGGGCAAUGUGCCGUUUCCCCAGCGCCCUGCUGCCACUCAGAUUGACCAGUCGUCGUCGUAGAGAUAUAUAUAUAGAGGGAAAUAUCCUGGUGGUUGAGAAAUAUGUUCUACACUGUUGACCGUAC